AUAAUAGAUUAAUUAAAAAAGACAAUAGAUUGCCAUCCCACGUUGGAUUUCUCGGCGAUGCGGCCAAGCGUGUACAUGCGCUGCUAGCAAUUUAACAGCGGCUGGCAAGGUAACUCCACGGGUAUUGCGGCUUUUUGCGGCUAUCUGGCCUCAUCCCUCACAGAGCGCUAACAGUCGCUUCUCCAGAGCACCAAGUGCCGUAGCUGCCGAUGAAGGGGGGGCCGUGCAGAAACUUUGAUUGCGUUUGGGUUUUUAUCCUUUUAUCUCAUCUGCGCUUUCGUGCUUCGGGCUAUUCUAGCGACACUACUCGGCGCCUGCUAUCCACUGGGGGCCCUUUUUCCCUCUCGAUUUCCCACAUCCCGAGGCCAUUUUGUUCUGGCCGAUGGGGCCUUUUUGAGAAUCCACCGGAGCUUGAGGGGCCGAACUUCCGACGAGCGCAUGCGUAUACAGUCGCAGUAUACGUGCCGUUCUACCCAAAUACGGGCUUCGUGACGAAGCAAAUGCUCUUAUACGAGAAUUGUCUGGUCUCCUUUAAUCGCUGUGGGAGCCAAGGAGGGACGAGAAGCGUCUAUUCUUAGCAACAGUCAUUACGAGAUGGAAAGAGGAAAGGGGGAGUC